AUGGCUUCCGCUGUAAAGAGAACCGCUCUGAGAUUGGGUAUGAUCCCUGCUGAUGGUAUUGGAAAAGAAGUUUUGCCUGCCGCUCAACGAGUUCUCGAAGCUCUUGGAUCAGCGAUUCCUAAAACCACUUUUAUCCCUUUGAAAGCUGGUUGGGAGGAAUUCAACAAGAACGGAAAAGCUUUACCUGAUGAAACAGUAAAAAUCCUUAAAGAAGAAUGUGAUGCAGCAAUGUUUGGAUCGGUAUCAUCACCUUCACAUAAGGUUGAAGGGUAUUCAUCACCCAUCGUUGCAUUGAGAAAACAUUUAGAUUUAUAUGCGAAUGUUCGACCCGUAUCAUCAGUACCUAUUCCAGGACAAUAUUCGCCUGCUCAAUGUGACAUGGUGAUCGUACGUGAAAAUACCGAAUGUCUCUAUAUCAAAAAAGAAGAAAUCAAAACGAGAGAAGAUGGAUCCAAAAUCGCUUUGGCGACAAGACAAAUCACCUCCACUGCGUCUACUAGAAUUGGUAAAAUGGCUUUUGAGAUCGCUUUGAGAAGAGGUAAAGAGAGAGAACAAGCUAAAAAAGAUGGUAAAAAAGUUUGGUGGAAUGAUAUUCCAAAAGUUACGAUAGUACAUAAAUCAAAUGUAUUAUCUGUAACCGAUGGUUUAUUUAGAGAGAGUGUCAGGGCAGUUAAAGAUGGUAAUGAAAGAUAUGAUGGUAUCAAAAUGGAAGAACAAUUGGUCGAUUCAAUGGUUUACAGAAUGUUCAGAGAACCAGAAAUCUUCGACGUAGCCGUCGCUCCCAAUCUUUACGGUGAUAUCAUCUCCGACGGUGCAGCCGCUCUUGUCGGUUCAUUAGGUCUCGUACCUUCCAUCAACGCAGGUGAUAAUUUCAUCAUGGGUGAACCCGUUCAUGGAUCUGCACCUGAUAUCGAAGGUCAAAAUAUUGCUAACCCAAUUGCAUCCAUUCGAUCCGCCGCUCUCUUACUCUCAUCUUUGGGAUACGUUGAACCCGCUUCCCGAAUCAACGCAGCAGUAGACGCCGUCCUUGCCGAAGGUCAAUAUCUUACACCUGAUUUAGGUGGUAAAGCCACUACUUCAGAUGUCACCGAUGCUAUCUUGAAGAGACUCUAA